AUGAACUCCCUAAUACCAAGAAUAUCUUCAAGGUCCAUCCUAACCCUCUCCAGGUCCACCACACAAUCUCUACUAACAAAGAGACUCUAUCAUGCCAAGGUCAUCGAACACUACACAAACCCAAGAAACGUCGGGUCCCUAGACAAGUCCCUCUCCAAUGUCGGCACGGGGAUAGUGGGUGCCCCCGCCUGUGGGGACGUGAUCAAAUUGCAAAUUCAAGUCAAUGAUGACACGGGAAUAAUCGAAAACGUCAAAUUUAAGACCUUUGGCUGCGGGUCCGCCAUCGCAUCCUCUUCAUACAUGACGGAAUUGGUCAACGGGAUGUCCGUGGAUGAUGCCGCCAAGAUUAAGAAUAUCGAGAUCGCUAAGGAAUUAUCGUUGCCUCCUGUCAAGUUGCAUUGUUCCAUGCUGGCUGAGGAUGCUAUCAAGGCUGCCAUUAAGGACUACAAGACGAAGAGAACGCAUUCAACAACUUUGCAUUAA